AUGUUUGAGGAACAGGCCACCAAGGUGAAGAUCACAUCGGCGGUGAUCGUGGUAGGCAUGUCGGCUAUGUUAGCAGCCGUGGCAAGCGACCACUGGGCCGUCCUCAGCCCUCGGGUGGACAAGCUCAACGUCAGCUGCCAGGCCGCCCACUUCGGCCUGUGGAGGCUAUGCAAGAAAAGCAUCUUCAUGGUGGAGGAGGACCCGCAGGGCAAAGGCUGUGGACCCAUUGGUUUACCUGGAGCCAAGAACUGCUCCUACUUCAAACACUUCACGUCAGGAGAAGAAGCCGAAGUUUUUGAAGUCAAGACACAGAAGGAGUACAACAUUUCGGCGGCGGCCAUCGCCGUUUUCAGCUUGUUCUUCAUGAUCCUGGGCACGCUGUGCGUCAUCUUCUCCUUCGGGAAGGCCCGCGACUACCUGCUCCGGCCCGCCGGGAUGUUCUUCGCCUUUGCAGGCCUGUGCAUCAUCAUCUCGGUGGAAGUCAUGCGUCAGUCGGUGAAGAGGAUGAUCGACAGCGACGAAACCAUUUGGAUCGAGUACUACUAUUCGUGGUCGUUUACGUGCGCCUGCGCCUCCUUCACACUUCUUAUCCUCAGCGGGGCGGCGCUCCUUCUCAUCUCCAUGCCGCACAUGCCCAGAAACCCCUGGGAAACCUGCAUGGACGCCGAGCCUGACGUCCUGGAUUAG